AUGGAGAAACUGAAGGAGAAAAGAGUUGCUAAAGAACGACAAAAGGAAUCUGAAAGUGAUGUUCAAAAUGUUGAAAGUGGUGCUGAAAAGAUUACCGAAGUUGUGAAAGAUGAAGAAAAGGCUUUUGAAGAAGACACUACUGUAGGGAAAAAGAUUGACACAGAAGAAGAGACAUCUAAGAUAAAGAACUUUGAGAAGAAGAAGAGAAUAAGUUUAGAAGAAGAGGAGAAAAGUUCAUUCCGGAAACAAUCAAACAGAGAAUUCCUUGCAAAGAAGCAAGAUGAUAUGAAGAAUGAAGAUGUUCAGAAGAAAGAAUCGAGAACCUGUGUUCAAUGCAACACAAUUGGUCAUAUUGCCAAGGAUUGUUCUAAGAGAAACGUUAGUUCAUCAAGACAGAGUGUCGGAGGUCGUCCUUUAGAUGAAGAAGCAGAUGUUGUGGAAGAAGAGAAGAAGAAAGCUGCUGAGAAGAAGGCUGCAAAAGUUUCAAAGGGCUUGAAUGGUGUGAAUGAACUUACAACAGAGGUGAAGGUAACAUCAGAACCUGUUCAUACAAUGGGCGAGACUACUGCGUAUUCUUUGACGUGGGACGAAUUGAAGGAGCUAAUGCGCAAAAGAUAUUGCUCUAGGGGAAGUCCAGAAGUUGGAAACUGA